AUGGCUGCCUCCGAAGCUGAAAGCUCUGCUGCCGAGCGACUCCUGCAGAAGCACACGGAAAACCACCAACCGACUGUUGAAGAUGUCCCUGACGAAGAGCUCAAGCCCACAGCCAAGGCGAAGGGCCUCAACAUGGAAUCCGAGGAGGCCUUUCCUGGACUCGGUGGCUCCUCCUCCUCCUCCUCCAAAGGCAAAGCACCAGUGAACAACAUUCCCAUUUGGGGCGCAAAGCUGAAUGGCAAGUCGAAUGGAACAACACCGGCCAAUGGCACCCCGGGUACCUCUACCCCAGUCUCCCACACCUCGACGCCUGCUCCUGGCAAUGCACCUACGCCGAAUGUCUUCAUCCCCGGUCGUUACGUGGAAUCAAUAGAAUUAGAUCCCAACGACAUCAUGCCCCGAGCCCAGCUCAAGCGACCGAUUGCCGAUAUCGUGAAGGAUCUCAAUCGCAAGUCUCGUGCUGUCCUCACCAUUUCUACCAAGGACAGGGGGAAGCUGAAGAUCGAAGCUCAAGGCCCUCAGGACCCGGCGCAACAAGCCCUUCGCGAUCUCGUCGCUCAAAUCGGCGCCAAGCAGGUCAUUACGAUCCAAAUUCCGAAAUCAGCAAGAGCACACAUCAUUGGCAGGCAGGGCGCUACCAUUAAGUCGAUUCAGGAGAAGUCAGGGGCGAGGAUAACACUGCCCAAAGAUGAUGGCCAAAGUCCCGUUGACGACGAUGACGAUAGUCUCAUCAACAUCACUAUCGAGGGCAACACCAUUGCUGCUGCCUCUGCUGAAGACUCCAUUCGGAAGAUUGUCAAUAGCCGGUCGGCCAAUGUGGCAACAAAGCUAAGGAAUAUCCCUGCCGAAUUUUACCCGUUCAUUGCUGGCCCCAACAACAGCCGUGUCAAUGCUCUCGAGUCCGACCAUGGCGUGCAGAUUCGCGUACCUCCGCAUCAGCCUUGGUCUCAUUCCGUUCCGGAGGUGCCGGCCUCAGGAGAACGACCGUUGUUCGCCCCUGCCAACUAUGAGAACCAUAUCCAACUUGCGGGUGACCGGGCCGCCGCUGCCGCCGCUCGUGCUGAAAUCGAUAGGCGUGUCCGAGAGCUCCAGAACCAACUGCAGAUGGAUCAGUGCGAAAUUCCUCGAGGACGCCACCAGUUCAUCGUUGGCGAUCGAGGUAUGCCCAUGGACGACUUCUUUGCUGAUACCAACUGUGUCAUCAUUCUCCCCCGAGAAGAAGGUAUCGAAACUGUCACUGUAAUUGGCUUGGAAGACGAUGUCAAUCGUGGACUUGAGAAGGCCAUGGAUCUGGCUAUGAAUUUGAAUACAGCAAACUUUCAUGUUGCCCGAAACCACAAGCAUGUCAGCGGCGGAGCGCCCACUUAUUGCCGGGAUGUGUCACGCUACCUGAGACAGCGCAAGGAAAUCGAGCGUCUGGAGCAGCAUCAUCAUGUUCACAUCAACACGCCCUUCAUGGAAGGUAUCGAGUCACCCUGGGAGCUGUAUGCACGAGAUGGCAAGAACCUUCUCAAGGCACAGAAAGAGGUGCAGUCAAUUAUCGGUGGCCACCCCCCAUCCCGUCUGGCAUCCGUGCCUGUUGACCCCUUCUUCCAUGCGUACCUUCGAAGUGAUGUCAAGCCACGGCUUCAAAGCGACUAUGGCGUCCACCUAGUUGUGCCGGAAGCCGCUGAAGCUCAACUUCCCGUGAUUCUCGUCUACGAAGGGCAAUCAGGCCCUGAUGAAGACUACCAGAUCCCGCAAAAGGCCCCCAAUGCCGAAGAGCUUCGGGCAUUCCAGCAAGGCUUGGAUGGUGCUCGGACGCACAUUCUCGACCUCAUCAACAAGCAAGAGCAGAUUAAGACCGAGACGCUUGACGUUCCGGCCAAGUAUCACGAGAAACUGCGAAGAUUCAUCAAGAAGGAGCAGGACAUCACGACGCGCACUGCUGGUGGAAUUCCUGUCCGCGUGAGCGUAAAGGGCAUCACAGUCACAAUGCGUGGGCCUGCAUCAGCUGUAGCGUCGCUUGCUGAGAAGGCCAGAGCAUUUGUCCAGCAAGAGCAGGAAGACGACAAGGAGCGUGGCUUUACAUUGUCGUUCGAGUUCCCUCAGAAAUUCGCGAACCAUCUCAUUGGCAAAGGCGGCAGCCACAUCAAGGAGCUGCGCGACAAGUUCGACGUGGAAAUCCAAGUUGAUAAGGGCAUGGUUGAGUUGAAGGGUCCCAAGGCCAAGGCCGAGAAGGCAAAGGCUCACAUACUUUCAUUGAGUCGGACAUGGGCUGAUGAAACGACACACACCCUGAAGAUUGAGCCCAAAUACCACCGAGAGCUGAUCGGUGCCCAAGGCGGCCAGAUUGGCCGACUUCAGAACCGCUACGGAGUCCACAUAAAUUUCCCGCGAAGUGCGCGCCCGGCUAAAGAGGAUGAAUCAGCCGCGGCGGACGCUGCCAGUGAGGCUGGUAAGCCGCGUCGCCAACAAGGUCCUGACGAGGUUGUCAUCAGAGGUUCCAAGAAAGGUGCCGACGAGGCUCGUGAUGAGAUCUUCUCAUUGUACCAAUACCUGAAGGACAACUCUUUCACUGCCAAUGUGUCGGUGCAACAGAAACAGCUCCCAUCCCUGAUUGGGUCUGGCGGCUCUGGCAUGGAUGAGCUUCGCCAGGUGACGGGUGCCAAGAUUGAUAUUCCUAACGAGCGCAAUGAGGCUGAAGAUGCCAUUGUCGACAUCCAGAUCAAAGGCACUAAGUCUCAAGUUGCUGCAGCCAAGAAGAUCAUUGAGGAGAAGAAGGCUGUUUUCGAGGACACUGUGGUCAAAACCAUUGAUGUCGACCGCAAAUGGCACAAGAUUCUAAUUGGACCUCAAGGUUCCACCCUUCGGGACAUCAUUAUCAAGGCUGGAGGACCCGAGGACCGCCGGCUGCAAGCCCGAUGUAUCCAAUUCCCCAAGCAAGACACUGACGGCAAUGCCAUCACGGUGGAGGGCCGCCAGGAUGUUGUCAGCAAAAUCAUUGCCAGCAUCGAGGCUGCCGUCUCAGAACGAGCUAGCCAAGUGACAGAGACCAUAGAAGUAUCUACCGAGAAGCACCGCACGCUCAUUGGACGUGGUGGUGAUGCGAAGCGCAAGUUGGAAGCCGAGUUCAACGUCUCGAUUGAUAUACCACGCCAAGGCAGUGGCCAGACCGGGGUCAAGCUCGUUGGUAAGCCUGCCGACGUGGAGAAGGCCAAGGAUCAUAUCUCGACUUUGAUCAAGGAGCAACAAGGCGAGACGGUCCAGGUGCCACGAAAGCUGCACAACGCCAUAUCUGACAAUGGCCAAUUCUUCCGCAAGCUCCGAAACGAUCACAAGGUGACUGUUGAUCACGCUGGCCAACCGACACCACCCAAGUCAAAGCCUGUGAGCACUCGUGCCGGCAACAACGGCGCGAUGCCGUUGAUAACCGACGAUCCAGAGCAAGCAGCAGACGCUCACUCUUGGAACAUUGUCGACAACAUUUCCACCGAGGAAGGCGACAUACCGUGGGUCCUCAGGGGAAGCCCGGAGAACAUCGAGCGGGCUAAGAAGGCAAUUUCUGCCGCGCUUGAGCAGGCGCAGAGGAGCAAUUCGACGGGCUAUCUUGUUCUCCCCGACCCUUCGACCUACCGUUACGUGAUUGGCCAGGGAGGUUCCAAGGUCACCUCGAUCAGGAAACAGAGCGGUUGCAAGAUCACAGUGCCCCGAGACCAGAACGGGGAUGCCAUCGAGAUCAACGGAUCGCGAGAGGGCUGCGAGAAGGCGAAGGACCUGAUUCUCGAGGCUGUCCGUGAUGGGCUGGCUUCCCGUCAGCGGGAUUAG